AUGGUUAGCCUACCAGUGCCGAUGUUGGGUUCUGGACAUUCUGGUCAGGAGUCAACAGGAUGAGGCAAUAAUCUUCAUUCCUGCCAUUAAAUUCUAGACUAGAAAUCCAUGGAUUCUUGUGCUUUCCUUGAUGUUAGAUCAUCCAUAAUCAGAGGGUGCUCCUAGUUAUACUUUCAUGUGAUCGUACUGAAGUGCAUGUGUGUUUCUGCUCAGUUUGCUCUGUGUCUGCUUGGCAUUCUCCAUUAUUACUCACUCACACCCAGGGAAUGUGUGUGUAUCCCCCUCACAGAUGGCUUAUUUGGCAUUCCUCAUGCUGUUCACUUACACUGUGUUGGUAGAGAUGCGGUCCAAGCCCAGCAUGCAAGAGUGGCUUGUUAUCAUUUACAUCUUCACCAAUGCCAUUGAGAAAGUCAGGGAGAUCUGUAUUUCAGGGCCUGGGAAAUUUACUCAAAAGGUGAAGGUAUGGAUUAGUGAGUACUGGAACCUAAUGGAAACUGUGGCCAUUGUCCUGUUUUCAGUUGGUUUUGGCCUUCGAUUGCGUGACUCUCCUUUGCACACAGCAGGAAGACUUAUCUACUGCAUAGACAUCAUAUUCUGGUACACGAAGCUCCUGGACUUCCUUGCUGUGAAUCAACAUGCAGGUCCAUAUCUGACCAUGAUGGCAAAAAUGGCAGCAAACAUGUUCUACAUUGUGAUCAUGAUGGCCAUAGUCCUGCUGAGCUUUGGAGUGGCACGCAAGGCCAUUCUUUCUCCAAAGGAGCCUCCAUCCUGGAAGCUAGCUCGAGAUAUUGUAUUUCAACCAUACUGGAUGAUAUAUGGAGAAGUCUAUGCUUCAGAGAUAGAUGGUAUGUAUGGGAUUUGCUGGGGCAUUUGUGAGAGCAAUACAUCAUGCCCCCCUGGUUCUUUUCUUACUCCAGUCCUUCAAGCUGUCUACCUCUUCGUGCAAUAUAUCAUCAUGGUGAACCUGUUGAUUGCUUUCUUCAAAUGGAUACUAAAGCUGUUUACUGUGAAGGAUGAAUUUGUGAAAAUGAGCUUCUUUUCUGAGGAAGAGAUGGUGAGCCAAGAAUAG